UUCAUCACAAUUCAAACAUUCCAAAACAUAAACUCCCUCCAAAACUCUUCUCCAUUCUCUCUCCUCUGAAAAACCUUCAAAAUCCUCCAUUAAUGGCUCGUACAAAGCAAACAGCCCGUAAAUCAACCGGUGGAAAAGCACCAAGGAAGCAGCUAGCAACAAAAGCUGCCCGGAAAUCAGCUCCGGCGACCGGAGGAGUGAAGAAGCCUCACCGAUUCCGGCCCGGAACUGUGGCGUUGAGGGAGAUCAGGAAGUACCAGAAGAGCACUGAGCUUUUGAUCCGAAAGCUUCCAUUUCAGAGACUGGUGAGAGAAAUAGCUCAGGAUUUCAAAACCGAUCUUCGCUUCCAAAGCUCCGCCGUCGCCGCUCUUCAGGAGGCGGCUGAGGCUUAUUUGGUAGGUCUGUUUGAGGAUACUAACCUCUGCGCUAUUCAUGCUAAGAGGGUUACUAUUAUGCCUAAGGAUAUCCAGCUUGCGAGGAGGAUUCGUGGUGAAAGAGCUUAGUUUUGGUUUUGAUUUUGGAAUUUGGGGGAUUAGGGUUUUGAUGAAGAUGUGUAGUUAAAUUGGAUCUUCAGAUGUUUGUUUGAUGGUCAAUUAUUAUCAAUGGAAUUACGGAUUUCUAAAUGUUA